UAUUAACAAAAAACAUAAUUGUUCAAAAAUUUGCAAAUAAACUAAAAUGAAAUUGAGGUAAAUCAAAAAGUAUGUCAUCUGAAAAGUUUGAAGAUUGUGAGGAUGAACUCCGUUUGUGUCUGGGUGAAAUUCAAAAUUCAUUGAAAAACAAACUUCCGAAUUUAAAAGGAGAAUCAAAAAAAAGUGAACUGAGAAAUAUAGAAAAAGGAAUAGAUAAUGCAGGUGUUCAGCUUUCACGCAUGCAGGAAGAAGCCCAAAAUGCGCCUGGUGCAUACAGAAUAAGUUUUUUGUCAAAGACAAGAGAUUUUGAAAUGCAACUUAAAAAAUGUCGUAAAGAAUUGGCUAGGCUUACUUCAAGUGAUAAAGAUACAUUUUCAGGAUUUGAGGAUGAUGAACCAAAGAAUGCUCAGAAAAAGCAAAUAAUUAAAGGUUUUGAAAGUUUGGAUCGUGGUACAGAAAGUAUAGUAAGGUCGCAAAUAAUUGCUGCUGAAACAGAUGAACUUGGGGUUGGAAUAAUUAGUGAUUUAGAUACUCAAAGAGAAGCACUCUUGCGAACUCGUGAUAAACUGGAAAAGACAGAUGCUGAAUUGGGUAAAAGUAGAAGGAUAUUAGCAUCAUUAAGUGUUAGGUUAGCAACAAACAAACUUCUUUUAGUAAUUAUUAUAAUUGUUGAGUUGGCGAUUAUUGGUGGUAUUGUUUAUUUAAGAUUUUUCAAGAAUAAACAUUAAUGUCAUAAGAAGCAUUAUUUUCACUUUUAGUGAUUUCAAAAAUAAAAAUAUUGUAAUCAGUUGAAAGUUAUACUUUUAUAUUUCUCGUCAUUUUUUUUUUACUCUGUUUUUGAUUGUUAGUCUAUUAUAUAAAAAGUGAUUGAAAAUACUUGCAUGCAGUGUGUUUUACAUUUUUAAGAAUUAAAUUUUGUAUUUACACCUAGAAUUUACAGGUUAUAUGCAAUAUGUAGUUUUUUUUAAUAUAUAACUUGAGAAUUUUUUGAA